AUGCCUGCACCCACAGCUUUACGGCAAACUGCCGAAGUAGCAAUGGCAGAGACGCCUGUUGCGCCUACUAUGUCAGAGCAAGAUGAGGAAAUUUUGAUCGACGCCCAAACGUCGGCAGAUCAGGUCUCUGCAGGACUCGCGCCUGAGAUUGAGCCUACUCAAGACAGCGAUAUGCGUAUUGACGAAGAGGGACGGCCCCUCUUCACACCAGCAAAAGACACUAGCAGGGUAUAUCGAGUUGAAAGCAGGAAGGUUCCUGUACCACCGCAUAGGAUGACUCCAUUGAAGGCUAGCUGGGCACGCAUCUAUCCCCCGCUUGUCGAACACCUCAAACUUCAAGUGCGGAUGAACAUCAAGAACCGAGCUGUGGAGCUACGUACGUCACGAUUCACGACCGAUACGGAAGCCCUGCAGAAGGGCGAGGACUUCGUCAAAGCUUUUACUCUUGGAUUUGAUGUCGACGACGCUAUCGCACUUCUCAGAUUGGAUGAUCUUUACAUACGUUCAUUCGAGAUUCGGGAUAUCAAAGCCCUUAACGGAGAGCACCUCAGUCGUGCAAUUGGACGCUGUGCUGGUAAAGAUGGGCGAACAAAGUUUGCUAUAGAGAACGCUACUCGGACAAGAAUCGUCAUUGCAGACCAGAAGAUUCACUUGCUAGGCGCAGUGAAGAAUGUCGACUGUGCCCAGCAGGCCAUUGUUAGCUUGAUUCUUGGCAGUCCACCGGGCAAAGUGUAUGGGAACCUUCGUAAGGUGGCUUCUCGCAUGAAGGAGCGUUUUUAA